AGCGGCCAUGGCCCACGGGCCCAGCCGCUCCGCAGCACGCGGGACCCUCCCGGACCAGGGCACGAACCCGCGUCCCCUGCAUCGGCAGGCGGACUCCCAACCACUGCGCCACCAGGGAAGCCCUGAAACUGGACUUCGGAGACGCGGAGAGAGGGAGAGAGAGAGAGGGCACGAGAGAUCCUGCCUGCACCCCUGGCCCGCUCUGCUAAUCUUGCUUACCCUCGGAAGGGAGGCGUUCUGAAUGCUGGCUUCUUAAAUUUGACCUUCCCUUCUGACUGAGGACCACUGGACUUUGAAGGAACUCUCUGCUCUUAAUUUCCAUAUUGAUUAGUCAACAGUGGAAAAUCUGAAGAGAUGCGAGCUGGAAAAAGAAACUAAACCAGGCCUGAAGAGUGAUGCGACAGGCAUGAUGGAGGUCGAGUCCUCCUACUCGGACUUCAUCUCCUGUGACCGGACGGGCCGCCGGAACGCAGUCCCUGACAUCCAGGGAGACUCCGAGGCCGUAAGCGUACGGAAGCUGGCUGGCGACAUGGGCGAGCUAGCCCUCGAGGGCGCAGAAGGACAGGCGGAGGUGGGCACCCCAGACAAGGAAGGUAGCAACCAGCCCAAGAGCAGCGAUGGGACCACCUCAUCUUGAACAUGACCUUGCCCGAGGAGGCUGGAAGAGUGACGCGCCGUGGACGGAAAGCCCUGGCACUGGCCCAGCAGCCUUUCCUCUGAGCAGUGUGUUCCAGGCAAGCCAGGCCAGACUGAAAGGCAGCCCCGGAGGCUCCCGCGGCCCCUACCCUGGGAAGGCCCUCUGCCCACACCCCCAGGCUCCACGCUCCCACCACCUCCUCACUUGCCCGGGUACACUUUCAAGACACUGUAACCACAGGAUGUUAUUUAUUCAGCAGGUGCUGGGACUCGGGGGCUGGGUCCUGCCACCUGGGUGAACAGCUGGGGCAGGGAUCGCAUUCUAGCUCUGCCCCCUCUUCUCCAACCCAGCCAGCCUUCUGUGUCAGGACCUUCUUAUCCCUUUUUUAAGAAGCACUUUUAAACUUUUUAGAAACUUUAAACCUUUUCUCAGCAGAGAGGGAGGGAGCUGACAAUUUACCUUUUAUUUUGGAAGCCAUUGUAAGUUAAACUCUUUGACCAUCUAUGCAGCUCUGAGGUUCCCUCAUGGAGCUUCACAGAUCCAUUUUUAGCGAAGGGAUCUUGUGCUCAAAACUCUCUGAUUAACUCUUUGCCCUUUCUACCAAGAUAAGUGACACCUAGGACCCAGGAAAUAAAUGCUGAUGAUUUGUGUGAUA